AAUGCGACGCCAAGGAUGCCGCAAUACCUCGAAGAAGAAGAGGAAGAAGAAAAGUUUCGGGAAGAGCAGGAGGGAGGGGACUCCGGAGUGAAGUGUAGUAAUCCGACAGCGAGCAUGACCGACGCCGACGCGCAGAGCGCUCCACCAUCGGCACCUGUGGAAGACAAAGCACAGCCUGAGAGGAAAGUCAUAGCCACCUUGGUCCAAGGCACAGUGAAAUGGUUCAACGUGCGGAACGGAUAUGGCUUUAUAAACAGGAAUGACACCAAAGAAGAUGUGUUUGUUCAUCAGACCGCUAUCAAGAAGAACAAUCCUAGGAAGUUUCUCCGCAGUGUGGGAGACGGGGAGGUCGUAGAGUUUGAUGUGAUUGAGGCAGCCAAGGGCUCAGAAGCAGCCAAUGUAACCGGUCCAGGUGGCGUCCCAGUCAAGGGAAGCCGCUACGCACCCAACAAACGUCGCUUCCGUCGAAGGUUCUUCCCUCGCAGCCCUCGGCCUGGUGACCAGAGCAAACCAGCUGAUGGCCAAGAGCCCUCUCUGGAGGGCGAGGGAUCGGUGGAGAACGAUGGAACGAGACCUCAGCAGCGCCGGCGUAGACCACGCAGACCUCGGCCGGAGGCACAAGAUGGUGAGGCUGGAGAGGAAAAGAACGGGGUAGAAGAGGGCGACCAGACGCAGCGUCCACAACGGCGUAGAUUCUGGCGGCCAUAUCGCAGACCGUUCCGCCCGCGCGCCCCUCUGGAUCAGGCUGCAGACCACCAGGAGGCUUCCCCAGAAGAGAGCCCGGAGCAAGGCGAGGUGAAGCAGACGGAGGCCUCUGAGGGCCCGCAGACCAACGGAGAAACAGCAGAGGGUCAGAAACAACGGCGCCAGACUAGACGCCGCAGGCAAAGGAACUCAGAGUCUUUUACCUCGAAAAACGAUACAGAGAAGUCUGCAUCAGAGCCUGGUACCCCCCCUCAGACUUCAAAACCAGCCGACCUUAAAUCCACAUCAAAAUCGCCAAAGGUCUCCCCCAAAACCUCCCCUAAAGCGUCAGAAUCACCCGAGCAGGCCGCUGCCACAACAGUCCCAGCACCAACAGAGUGACGCUACCGAGGGGACAGUCACACGACCCUUGGCAUGAGGUCCUAGGGUUGGAGGACUCGACCUAUUUCAGAACACAUGCACUGCUCUCCCCUCCCUGCACUCCCCCCAUCCUCCAACCCACCCCACCUUGCUGUCAUCCCUCGUGCCUCUUCCCCCCCCUCUCAUCCUGUCUUGUGUUGUCCUGUCUAGACACUGGCGUUUGCAGAGGGACGAGGAAGGGAAGAAGGGGGAUACAGGUGGGUGGUGGGUGCAUAUUUAUAAGAUUGAAAGUACAUCUUUAAAAAGAAAAAUGGGAAUAGACAAUCUGCUUGGUAGCCCAGUUAUUCCAACCCCCCUUGAAAAACUAUUUUCCUUUUAAUUGCCUAGAUGGGACACAUGAAGUAGUUUAUAGAGGAACCAGCCUUGAUUUUUAUUUAGCUUUUUUUAAUUUGGUUGAAGAGGGGAAAACCAAGCAUGUGUGAGGUUGGUGGUGCAUUAUGGGAGUCAGUUUAGUUCUGUUACCACCUCAAUCAAUUCCUAAAACAUACUACUCCCUUCAUCUCCUCAGUUGAGGAUAGAUUGAUGAAAAACUUAUUUUUUGUUUUACUUAUUUGUGUGUGCGUUUCGUUGGAGGGGAUUAUGUGCAAUGUCAAUACUUAAAAUGCUAAUUAAUAAAUCAUGUUUGCAAAUCUCA